UAUUAAACCCAUUUCUUGUUUUUUUAAGGCUUCUCUAGUUUCUCAUAAAUCUAUCUCGCAAAACACACACACAAACAUGGCAGCCCUUUACGAAAAACCAUUAAAGGAGAAUGAAGAAGGAGAAGCUAUGUAUGACUAUGAUGAAGAUUCUGCUUCUGGGUCAGGGUGGUGUUGUUUUCGGCUUUUGGGGUUCAGACCACAGAGAAAAAGAAAUGACAACGAAAGCAAAUAUCUUUUGCAGCAAAAGGGAGAGCUCAGGGAAUCAUGGUGGAAGAAUAAACUGAAUAUGGUUAAGCAGGUAACAGAAGUAUCGGCCGGGCCCAAGUGGAAGACUUUUGUGAGAAAGUUCAGCGGAUUUGGGAUUAACAAGAACAAGAAAGAUAGGAACAAGUUUCAGUAUGAUCCACAGAGUUAUGCUCUUAAUUUUGAUGGUGGUUUUGAUAGUGAGGAAGAUGACCUGGUCCUUGGUUUUUCGCAGAGGUUUGCUGCUCCUAUUCAUAAUCACGAAGAACAGCGGAGAAUUGGAUCAGGGAGGUGAUGGUUUUGUUUGUAUAAAAUUUUUUGAUGAUUCACAUCUCUUUGUACUGUUUUUUUUUUUUUUU